CGAAAACAUCCUUAAGCUAGUAAGCGGUAAAUCAGCAAUGAACGACCCGUUACGCCCGUCGACCUGAGUUUGUCCAUGCUCGAAUCGUCGAAGCAGUCAAGUCGAGGCCUGCUGCCACUCACGCCGGUCGGCUUUCUCCACUUUGUAGGAAAGCUUGAAUCGGCUGAAUCGCCUCUACCAUACUUUAUUUCUUUUCCACAGACAGCAGUGCCCUACUGCCCUGUGCCCCUCGCCCGAUUCCGAGUGCCGCCCCCGCGGCUGCGCCAUCCAGCCUCCAUCUUCCUGCUCGCUGAGUCGUGGUCUUCUGAUUUUCAGGAUCAGUACUUCCACAUCAGUGUAUGACUUGUUAGCCAAGGGGGAUGGCUGAGCGGCAUGCUAGUGACCAGCCUGGUAUAAAGGAUGAUAUGAUUGCCUGUGUCAUGGCUCUAGAAGCUGCAUUGCUUCCAUGCCUACCUGCCAGAGAACUCCAGGCAAUUGACCGUUCUGCUCAUCCUUAUCACCAGAUUGAUGUUGAGAGGCAUGCUAGAGAUUUUAUGGACGCGGCAAAAAAACUUCAACUUUUUUUUAUUGGAUUGCAACGUCAGGAUCAGCCAAGCAGAGCAAGUUGUCUCCUAAAGGAGAUUGCGACCAUGGAAGAAGAGUUGAAAAUGAAAAGGGAGAUAAUAAGUAAGCAAGAGAAACUUAUAGAAGAAUGGAGGGAGCAAUUGGGCAACCAAUUGAAUAAACACAACACUGAGUUGGAAAGGGUUUGAGAAAAUGGUCUCAAUUAUAUGCUCAAGUUAAUCGACCCCAAAUACUCCUGAGAAUAAGGCUCGGAGGUUGUUGUUUGGUUUCUACUAUGCAAUUGAGUCCUAUGUCAGUAACUUCCAUAGCACAAUUUGAUUGAUCUGUUAUGGACAGUCCUUAGCUACCAAGGUUUAUACUUUUCUUUUUAAUGAAUCAGAUAGGGUGGGUUUGAAUCACCUUAAGUGAAAUGGAAAGAACAAAUGCAGAAGAAAUUAUUUUCAAAUGUUUGGCUUUAUCUUUGACAGAAAAUAUCUACAG